CCUGUAUGGCAGUAUCAGAAUGCUGCUUUGUGCUUAUUGUUUGUGAUGUUUAUUUUUUUCUAAGUGGGCAGCCCUAUCAGCAGGCCCAGCAUCAUACACCCACAUGCCUAUGUUCUGCGUGGUGAUCAAGAAGGAGAACUACCUGGACCAGCAGCCUGCCAAGAUGGUGUUGGGUUUGGGCAGCGCUAAGCAGAUAUCCCGGCAGCCGGGCCACACCAUUUACCUGCUGCCCACGCUGGUGCUGGCCAUCCUGAUGUCCUGCGAUCUCAACUACUACAUCAAGGGCUCCCUGAAGCCAGGCAAGGAGGCCAUGCUACAUGCUGCAGACACUUCCCAGAACAUGGAGCUAGGUGGGCUGCCGGAGAACUUCCCUGUGUGUAAGGAGCUGCUUAUUCCCCCUGGUACCCAGAACUAUGUGGUGCGCAUGUAGCUGUACGACGCCAACAAACGCCUGUUCUGUCUCACAUCCACAUCAUCACAGGGGGCGCUCAAGAUCCUCAUCUCAGCGCCUUAUUGGCUCUUCAACAAGACCGUUUGCAGGGACCUUGUCGGAUGGGUGGAGCAAGACCAUCGACAACCGACAUCAGAGCAAACGAGAGUACAUUCGUUACCAGGGAACCACCAGCGGAGAGCAUCUGGUGGCCGGGAAUCAUGGAUUGGCUCAUGGUUGAGAGUGCUGCGGGUGAGUAAGCCGCGCUGCUGUAAGGGACCCCAGGGCCUGCAGGCCCGCUUCUCCUUCACCCAAGCCGACGGACAGGAGCAGCUCUUCCACCUCACUGACAACAUCCACUCUGAGUUAUUGAUAACCGCACUAAAGAAGAUUAAAAGAUGGAGCUGAGAGGAAAAGAUGAAGAAAGGGGGUACCAGGAAGUGUAUUCAGUAGGCACAGUAUAGGAUCAAAUACAUGUUCUCCUGUUUGUCAGAUGAAUGUUGAUCGUAUUGCCUGUUUCCCCCUUAAACCAUGGGUCUUCCAAUGGAAGGAGCUUCUCCGGUACACUUUCCUAUGGAGCUGAGAGAGUGUUAUGACAACCCUAACAAAGCGAACAAUGAGCUCACAAUUGGCAGGGCUGCAGCACAGGAAUGUUGACCAUGAGAUGGCUGGAGGCUUUGGCAGAACAUGAACAAGCACACGGAGAAGACUGGAUCUGUCUACACACACACAUCACACAAUAAUACAUGUAUAAUAAGUAUUUAAUACAGCAUUUUCCACUAUAGGGGAGAACCUGCAACCUGCUGGCUUGCCAAAGCAGUGAUUGGGGACAUCGUCCUGUGUAGGGUGCUGUCGUUUGUUGGGAUGUUAAACGGGUGUCCUGACUCU